CGCUGCAGCUGACUGGGCUCUUUUCUGUUUUCAGAUAACCUGGACAGGAUCUUGAACUUUCAGCAAUGGACUUCCUUCCUCCUGGAUUAGUUUGAUUUGGGUGGCAACAUCUUGGGCUCCAGGGAACUUUUAAUUUCCAGUUAUAUUCACUGCUGUGCUGGACUUGUAUUCCUCUGUGAAUGGUGAGAUUGGUGGGUGAACCUCAGAACAGAGGAGGUGAAGUGGUGACAAUGUGGAUCCCGACUCCCACCAUGACCCUCCCUCAGCGGAUGGUGCUGUACGGGACGUGUAUUGUGGCGCUGAUGAACUCCGUGGGCCUUCUGGUGCUCCUGGUUCAGCAGAAUCAGCAACAUGCCUGGCUGGAGCGUACAGAGGCAAGACUGAAGGAGGUGGAGCAGAGCUCAGUGGUGGAGUUCCUCCAGGAGGUGCCAAGAGGAACCGCGGGGUUGCAGGCGGAACACCCGCAAUACCAGUAUCAAUACCAGUUCUCCAGAAACAAGAGAAGUGAAGAGCUGGAGAAGGAGCAACAACAGGAGCUUCACCACGAGGAGGGACAGGAGGUCCAUGAAGUCCAUGAGCAGGAGGUCAGCCAGGAGGUGGGAGAGGAGACAGGGAGGAAGAAGAUGGAGCACGGGCUGAAGCACAAGCACCGACACAGCCAGAGUUACCACAAGGCACACGUGCAGGAUGACAUGAUGAUGAUGAUGACUUACUCCAUGGUGCCGAUCAAAUUAUUGAUUGACAUUUGCAACAGCACCAAGGGAGUCUGCAUAGCCGGACCCCCAGGCCCGCCUGGUUUGCCUGGUGCGGACGGUAUGCCCGGCCACAAUGGGACUGAUGGCAUCCCGGGGUUGAAUGGACUGCCUGGGGCUGAUGGGAAAAGAGGAAAAAAAGGGCCACCAGGUGACAAAGGAGAGCCGGGUGAAAAAGGAGAGCGAGGAGAGCCUGGACCGCCUGGAGAGAAGGGACAACCAUCCAAUGAUGUCAUUAUCGAGGGCCCUCCUGGUGCUAGAGGACCUCCUGGGCCCGUGGGCCCUCCAGGACCUCCAGGGCCCACGGGCCCCCCUGGACCUCAAGGGCCUCCCAGAACAAGGCACCACAGAGCCAACCUUCAAGCUGCUCAAACACUGGGCCUAUUACAUGCAGUCCCUAACGAUGAGACCUCAUCUGUAAAGGAGGCUGUGAAACUACAGCAGAAGCCUGCUAAGAAGAGAGAGUGUCUUAUCAAGUCCCUGAUCAACCCCAGGAAUGUGACAAAGAUGGAGAGCACAUUUGGCACAUGGAUGAAAGACACCGCUCGGCUGAACGAUGAGCGGAUAUGGGUGGCAGAACACUUUUCUGGCCGUGUGGUAAAGGAGUAUAAAAGCAUCGCCUCAUUCCAAAACAGCAGCAGUGACACUGUAGAUGUUAAAAAGUUCUACCAAGGCUGCGGCCACAUUGUUCACAACGGAUCCUUUUAUUAUCACAUUGCCGGUACUUCCAGCAUUGCCAGAUUUGACUUUCAAACCAAGAGGCUUCACACUCUGGCUUUCGACAGCGCUUUGUACAACAACCUUGCCUACCUGCUCCACAACUCCAAGACGUACUUCAAGCUGGCUGUAGAUGAGAACAGCUUGUGGCUCAUCUUUGCCUCCAGUGUAGAUGAGAGCAUCAUGGUGGCCGAGCUGGACCAGAAGACCUUCUCUGUGGCGUCCUACAUAAACACCACCUACCCUCGCAGCAAGGCGGGCAACGCCUUCAUCGCCUGUGGCGUCCUGUAUGUCACUGACACAAAAGACACCAGAGUCACCUUUGCUUUUGACCUGCUGAAAGGAAAGCCAGUUAAUGUGACCUUUGACCUGAGGUCUCCAGGGGGAGUGCUGGCAAUGCUCUCCUACAGCCCAAAAGACAGACACCUGUAUGUGUGGGACCACAGCUACGUCAGGCUCUACGUGGUCCACUUCAUCUCUGAUGAGUGAGAAACACCAAACAUGACUGACAACAGGCGGACAUGACUUACACAGGAAGAACAAAGUGUCUACCGACUACCAGUUAUUUACUCCACCUUUGUAAACUGUUCAUAUUUAGGCUUUGAAGACAAUCUCAACAGUUUGUGGUCAGUAAUUAUUGUGAUAUUGUCAAAAAUAAGUACUGCUGUAUUUAUAUCCCAUUUGCAAAGUACAUGUGAGAUUUUGGAAUUACUAAUGGUGUGAAAACUUCAAAAACAGUUGAAUAUUUAUACAAACUUGACUUUUAUGUAGUAAGUUGUUGUGUUAUUUAGUGUAUUUGCAUGACAUCGACCUGUUGUAUUUUUAC